AUGACAAGACUCAAGAUCCCCUUAAACUCAACACAGUCGCUGCAAUUGCGCGCUGGGAGAUUGGGAGCGGGAUGGGGGUUCAGAUGGGGUGGUUAUACUCGCAUUAGCAAUCUUGGAAAUAAUGACACAAAACGCAAUUUUUCAGAGACGAAAUGGAUGAAGACGGAUGGGGUGUAUAGGGAGUUGACGGCGACGAGGAUGAGGGGUGCCAUUUUACCUUUAGCAAGCGAUCCUUGGCUUCUAGAUAAUUACAUCACGGCUAGUGGACAUAUAAGGUUUGGAGCGAUUUUUAUGGACCUCGAUGCCCUCGCCGGAGUAAUCUCCUACAAACAUACCGGCGAUAGCGUAAUGACCGUCACCGCAGCUGUAGAUCGAAUAACCCUCUCCCGACCGCUCCUCGAAAUCUGUGAUCUAGAACUCUCAGGCCAAGUUACCUUUGCAACCGGUCGUUCUAGUAUGGAAGUAUCACUACAAGUAUGUAAAGCGGUUCCAUCUGGCCAGGAGAAGAAAAUUGAUGAUGUUUUUAUGGAAUGUGCUUUUACUAUGGUGUCGUUGGAUCCGGCUACGAAAAAAGCAGUUAAGAUUGCCGGGGUGGAACCGGAAAAUGAGGAGGAGAGGAAUUUGUAUGAGUUGGGUAUGAGGAGUUAUGAGAAGAAAAAGAGGGAGAUGGGUAGGGGGUUGAGGAGUAAGGAGCCGGAUGAUGAGGAGAGUGAUUUGAUUCAUAGGUUGUGGUUGAAGAGUUUGGAUUAUCAUGAUCCCAAUACACCCUCCCUCCUCCCCAAAACCUGCACUCGCAUGUCAAACUCCACAAUCCAAUCCGUCCAAAUCAUGCAACCCCAAUACCGCAAUCGCCACAACUUCAUGAUCUUCGGUGGUUUCCUCCUAAAAUCUACUUUCGAAUUGGCUUUUACAUGUGCAUCGGCAAUUUCCCAUUCAAGACCUACUUUUAUCGCAUUAGAUCCUAGUACUUUUGAGAAUCCGGUUCCGGUGGGAAGUGUGCUUUAUGUUAGUGCGACGUUGGCUUAUAGUGAUAGACCGCUUGUUGGGGGGGAAGGAGAGGGGAAGAUGGGAGGAGAAGAAGAAGAAGGGAAUGGAGAGGUGGAUAAGGGGAAGAAAAGUAAAACGAGGGUUCAGAUAAGAGUUGAUACGAAGGUUAAAAAUGUAGAACAUGGGGAGACGAAACCGACGGGUCAGUUUAAUUAUACGUUUGAGGUGGAUGGGAUAUUGCAGGUUUUGCCGGAGAGUUAUAGGGAGUUUAUGGUUUAUCUUGAUGCGAGGAGGAGGAGUAGGGGGAGAGGGGGUGUGGUGAUUGAGGGGGUGAAGGGGAGUGUAGGUGUAGGUGUAGGUGCAGGAAAGGAUAAAGUUGGUGGUGGGGGGGAUGGGGGAUUGAAGGUUCUUUGA